UUGAAGAGAACGAAAACAAAUUUUCAAUCCAAUUCACUGUCGACGACGUCUUCGUCUUCGUCAUCAACCAUUAUUUCGCGUUUUCUGCGUAAAAAGUAGAACGCGAAAAAACCUAAAUAAUAACAGCACCAACAUUUCGAUACGCAUUUUCUUCAGUUUAUUUUUUAUUUAUUAGUUUUCGUUAGUGCGCGCAUCAUCGUUUUUAGUUUAGUUUGCAAGUGAAUGAAUAAAAAAUUAGUGCAUACAGAAUGGCUGACAUGGAAUUCGAGGAGUUUCGGAGAACAUUCGAAAGAUUACCAAGCGCAUCAUCAAAGACGACAGCACCAUUUUACUCGAUUGUACCCAAUUUAGAGGACGACGAGUCACCCACGUCAAAGAGCGAUGCAUCGGAUGAAAAUGAGGUGAAUGACAUAACAGCGACGGCAAAUGCAUCGAUACAAUCACCGAAAUUCAUACAAAAUGCGGGCAGCAAAGCGUUAGGUAGUUUGAAAUGCUUGCAAUCGACAAAUCCCGAAGACGAUGAAAUUGGCGACGGCUUACGAACGACAACCACAACUCAAGAUCUGGUGGCGACAAACUCGGCAUCCGAUACAAUCGAUCUCAGUCAAACGAAUCUCAGCGAUCGAAUACAUCAGCACCCGUUCACAAGUGGCAAAGUGGAACGACGUCGUCGGAAAUUGCCCGAAAUUCCCAAGAAUAAAAAAUGUUUAUCGCCCCAACUGGCAAUGUCACCAACAUCACAUUCACCAUUUCCACCGCCAUUCGGUGGCGUACCUUAUAGCCAAUUGGAAAUGCUCGAGGCAACUCAUCGUGGCCUACACAAAUUUAAUCCACGUCAUCACGAUGAAAUCGAUAUCGAAAUCGGCGAUCCGAUUUAUGUGCAGAAAGAGGCGGACGAUUUAUGGUGCGAGGGUGUCAAUUUACGUACAGGCCGACAAGGCAUAUUCCCAUCGGCAUAUGCUGUCGAUUUGGAAUACAAUGAUUUCGAUCCGAAUGCACAAAAAGUGAAAAAAGAGCGGUAUUUGCUCGGUUAUAUGGGUUCAGUUGAGACAACCGCACACAAAGGUACCGGCGUUGUUUGCCAGGCCGUGCGGAAAAUUGUCGGCGAAUGUGGCGAAUCGCCAAGCAUUCAAGUUUGCAUUUUGGAAAUAUCAGACCAGGGAUUACGUAUGGUUGAACGCGCAUCAUCAUCAUCAUCUAGCAAGGAUAAGAAGGGACCAUGCAUUGAUUACUUUUAUUCGCUCAAAAAUGUCUCAUUCUGUGCAUUUCAUCCACGAGAUCAUCGCUAUAUUGGAUUCAUCACAAAGCAUCCGACAAUACAACGUUUUGCGUGUCAUGUUUUUAAGGGACAAGAAUCAACAAGACCAGUAGCAGAGGCCGUAGGCCGUGCAUUUCAACAUUUCUAUCAGAAGUUUAUCGAAACGGCUUAUCCUAUCGAAGAUAUUUAUAUUGAGUAAAUGUGAAAAGAAUGUGACUGUCGUAACUAUAUCACUUUCACAAGUUUCAAUAGUUUAAUACUUACAUGGAACGACACAAGUAGCCAAAAGAGAAACAAAACAAAACAA